AGGAAUUCGUCGAAGAAAGUUGCAUGUCCACCAGCAGCAACAACCAGCUAUGGCACAAGCGUACCUCAGUCGAAUGCGAAUCCGUUGACACCACCGUUGUCAGAUGGAUCGAACUACUCGACAACGCCAUCACCCAGUAACGUCCAAACCACCUCAAUAAGAACAUUACCAAUUCAUGCUGUACCACCUCACCCUGAGGGUACACUUCAAGCAUCUUCUGUUAUGUUGUCGCCUUAUUCGGAUCAUCACAACGCCAGCGGUUGCAGUCCGCCACAAAUUCAAAAGCAAAUAUUCAUUGCACUCAAAUGA